AUGAUCACAGAGUUCAGGAAAGAGGCGAAGAGCGACUUCGAAACAAACUUCUACAAGCUGAUGAACAACUCGGUGUUCGGCAUAACGAUGGAAAACCUAUGCAACCGCGUCGACGUGAAGAUAGUCCGGAGCUGGGAGGAAGAAAAGAGACGCCGCCUGACGGCCAGCCCCUCGUACGCAGGCUUUCAUAUAUACGUAAACGACCUGGCAGGCAUCCACAUGCACAAAACGCGACUGUUCUUGGAUAAGCCGAUAUACACCGGCAUGACGAUCUUGGAGAACAGCAAGAUGUUGAUGUACGACUUCUUCUACAACCAGAUGAAAGCCCGAUAUGGGGAGAAAUGCGAGCUGAUCUACACAGACACCGACAGCCUGCUCAUCGAGACGGACGACAUAUACAGAGACAUGGUGGAAGACCUGGCGCUGUACGACACGAGCAACUACCCCAAAGAUCACCCGGUCUACAGCGGUGAAAACAAAAAGGUAUUGGGCAAAAUGAAAGACGAGUGCGCGGGGAGGGUGAUCGCUGAAGCGGUGGCGAUACGGUCGAAAAUGUACAUAGAAGAAAAAGAAAACAUCAAAAAAGCGAAAGGCGUGAAAAUAUUUCGUAAAAAAAAAAAGAUCCAGCAUGAGCAGUACAAAGAGGCGUUGUUUGAGAGAAAGCAGUUCUGUCACGGGAUGAACAUCUUGCGAAGCGAGGGCCACGAGAUCUACGGCAUGCGCGUGGAGAAGGCCUCGCUGUCGGCGUUCGACACGAAGCGGUGGAUGGCUGACGAAGGCGUGCACACGGUGGCAUACGGGCACAAAAAGAUCAGGAACGGACUUGUUCGGGAGGAAGCUGCGUAUUAG